ACAUCUCGCGACAGCGGCGGCGGCCCCGCCGGGCCCGGCGACUAUCGCGACAGCCGCAGCUCCGAUGGCGACAUCUCGCGACAGCCGCCCCGGCCCGGGGUCCCAAAAACCCCUCGGGACCAACCCCGCACCCCAAAAUCCUCUUGGGGACACCUCGGGGUCCCAAAAUCCUUCUGGGGACACCGCGGGCCCCCCCAAAAUUUUUGGGGACACCUCGGGGUCCCAAAACCACCCCGGGCACACCUCGGUGCCCCCCAAAUCUUCUGGGGACACGCGGCUCCCCCCAAACCCCCCCGGGGACACCUCGGGGUCCCAAAACCCUUCUGGGGACACCCGGGUCCCCAAAAACCGCCCCGGGGUCACGCGGGUCCCCAAAAACCCCUCUGGGGACACCUCGGGCACCCCAAAACCUCUGCGAGCCCCCCGGGCCCCCCAAAUUCCCCCCCAGGGCCGCGCCCGGCCGAGGAUCCGCGGCAGCGCCGGGGGGAGCAGGCCCUCGCUCCCCUCCAGCCCCAUCGUGCAGCUCCAGGAUGCGAGCAGCGCCCCUCCCCCGCGCCGGGAGAAACCCGAAACCAUCCGAAUCAUCACCCGGGACAUGAUCCGGGAGCUCAUCGUCCCCCGGGAGCGCCCCCCGGGCUCGCUCGUCAUCGGCUCCGAGGAUUUCCAGCGGAUCCAGGACGAGGCUCGGGCUCCGCGCCGGGAGCUCGCGGAUCGGCUGCGGAUCCUCCGCGCCCGCCAGGACGCCGCUUUCGUGGGCAUCUCCCGUCCCUGAUCCCCGAUUUACCCAUCCCAAAUUCCCCAUCCC